CUAGUGUCACGAGCCGAGCCCUGCUGGCUGCUGUCACCGACGGAACAGCGCGCAUACGCAACAAGCACCUCCAUUGCUUGCUUGCGUCCCAUCCUCCACGUCUGCCAGGCCGUUCCGGAGAAUGCUCCCGUACUGAAGCAUCGAGCGCCACCUAUCCCCAGCGGUCGAACGAAUAAACCCCAAAGGCACAACACACCAUGCACGACUUCACACGCCAUGGCUCCCGCCCAACCACGCCAACAGGGCCCUCGAGAACACACAAGUCCAACGCGCCUAUGCGCGCCCUCAACACCACGCAGCCCAAGCAGGAGACCUUCUUCGACGAUGCAACGCCCGUCGAUGGAUCGAGUGGAAACGUCCAGGAGCUAGAUCCACUGCGCGACUCCCACGACCUCUCUUUUGCCGAUGGGGCCACGGUGAGGGACUCGGUGGUAGACAACAUGCUGCUCUCGUUGGAUCAGUUCUCCACCGGACACAUGUUCAGCAACACGGGCCCCCAAUACACAAACUACGGCGAAGACGAAUUCUUCCUUCGAGACAAUUCCUACCGGCCGCCCGGGCCACGUCACCGAGGCCACACCUACACCUCGUCGCGCUCGUCCGACUACGACCUACACCCCGAAGACCCGUCUCGAUACGCUAGCCAACAGCCCCGUAGCCGGAGGAGCAAUAGUAGCAACAACAUUGGCACGCCAAUAAGCAGAAAAGGAAGCGGAAGAGAUGCGUACCCCGGCAGGCAAACCAAUGCUUCGUAUGGGCAGCUUCAACAAGCGGGACACCUGAGAGGCGGUGGCAAGAAAAGCAGCAAGGGCAGCGGUUCCUCGAGCAUGGACUUUGGCCAGACAGGGCUCUUGGGGACACAACGCCUGGGCUUCGGAAAGCGCUCUGCCAGUUUCGAUCAUAGCAACGUCAGCGACCGGGGAAGGAUGGCGCCUUUAAAAGUCGAGUCUGUGUUGGAUAGAGGCAGGAUGGCAUACCAGAACUACCCGGACGAUUACGAUGCGGCUCCUGAGCCUACCAUCCCCGCUGGUCCUCGGAGACUACAGGAACCGCAGUCGCCCAACCUAUACCCCCCGCAGCCCGCGUAUGCACCACCGCAAGCUCCUGCAUCUCGCCGUAGGGGUAGCGUUCACUCGAACACGAGUUACAAGACGGUGCGAAGGAACAAAAGCCAACCAGCAGAAACGAACAUGCGAGCUCAGGCACAAGAGUUUGUCAAUGCCAGCACGUUGCGGGACUUGCCUCCCGUGCCGUCGUUCCAGGACCCUACAGCACCAUCCCCAACCGUGGCCACGCGCAAGUCCCCCCUGUUCCAGUCGCAAGGCCCGGUGGUCGCUCCACCAAAAGAGAAGCCUGGGUUCUUUAGACGCGUGUUUGGCGGAGGUUCCUCCAAAGCCCAAUCACAAGCCACUAAUGCUCCAAAUGCCCCGACUCCUUCAGAGAUGGAGUCGUCUCCGGCCUCGGCCCAACAGAGGGCCCCUGAGGUCGACUCGUUGUAUUCGCAAACUCGACCGCGUACCACGCCCAGCAACAAUAACAAUAGCCACAUUGCUACUCAACUAAAAUCCCUACCGAAGCCUCCCCAGACCGCUUCAGGUUCGCAGAGAGAAUCGCAACCACUUGCUCCACCUGUGCUGACGAAGAAACCCUCGUCAUUCUUUAGGCGGCGAAAGAAGUCCGUCUCUGAAAACACGAGGCCUCCUGUGAUGGCCCUUGAUUUUGCACCGCCACCCAAGCCUGUAUUACCCGCGCAGCCUAGUCCGAGUGUCAGCAGUCUGCGCAAGGUUAUGAACCCCUACCUGAGUGAAGCGACGCGCGCAGGUGAAAAGGAGAAAUUCUACGAUUCGCGAGAACAGCUGUCUGCUGAAGACGGCGGCGGUGUGAGCGAUGAGCGACCCCAGGGGUUUUCGCCCGGUUACAAGCCUCACAAAGAAGCAACUGUUCGCCCGGUGAAAGCAACGUCACGUGUAGAUGACCAAACGCCUCCAGCUUCACGGAACGAGCAAGUGAAGACGUGGCACUUGACCAAUGCAGACAGUCCCAAGAUGAAGCUGAAGGUGAAGCAGGGGAAAGCAGCCGUUGCUACUACUAGCCAGCAGGAAGAUAGCUUCCUGGCCGACAGCAGCAGCGCCAAUGAGGACCGCAGUGGUCGCACGACUCCGACGGGCGAGCGCAGUGGCGCCGACGAAGGGCGGAGAGCCAGCACCUGCCCCACUUGGUCGUCGCUCAACCAGUCUGGGUCAGAGGGAAGGAGCGACGGGAAGGCGAAUGGCGACGGGCGGACCGAGCGACUAUCGCCCAACAACCAGCCAACGUCUGGGAGCACAUCUGGGUCGCCGUCGGCCUCCGAGGUCGAGGACGAAGGCUGGGUCAUCACUGAAGCCACCAAAAAGGCGCCGGCGUCGAUGAGCAACCCAAGUGCCGCUGCCAAACGCGUGUGGCUCGACACCACCCUCCCUGAAGACCAGCUCGAUAGCACAACCGAAGACCUCAAGCUGCCGUUAGAAGGCGCGCGCGCAUCUCAACAGUCGCUCGACAAAGCGACGCCGAUUACCCCAAAUGCAACUUCUCCCACGUCGCCCAAUGACGUCUUCCACUCGGCCACAAGCCUGCCCAUAGUCCAAGUCGAGAGUCGCGCUUCCACCGACACGAUGCCUGCCAUUAUCGAGGACAGCACGUUGCUGACCGAGCCUACUGCCGCCGACCGAGAACGCGCUUUCCACAUCUACAAUGGCGACGAUUCCUCAAUCCUCAAGGCCCAAGCGGCUACGCUGCUGGGCGACGUCACCGUGGCCAGCAUGCGGACUCGCAAGGCCUUCAUGGACCUCUUCGACUGGACCGGCUUCACCAUCCUCGCUGCUAUGCGUGACAUGUGCGGCAAGAUUGUCCUCAAGGCGGAAACACAGCAGGUGGACCGCAUCCUCAUGGCCCUUUCGGAGCGUUGGUGUGAAUGCAACACCACGCACGGAUUCAAAGCAGUCGACGUUGUACACACUAUUUGCUACUCCAUCCUGCUUCUCAACACGGACCUGCAUCUGGCUGAUAUUGAGUCGAGGAUGACUCGCAGCCAGUUUGUCAGAAACACGCUUCCCACUGUUACCCGCGUAUGCCAGGAUGCGCUCAAGGCCUCGGGAGGCGAGACACUGCGCCCACAAUCCACCCAAUUCAGAAGAGGCUCUCUUCCGUGGCACGAUAAAUCAGAGCCAAACUCACCAAACGCCGAUGCCACUGCCUUUGCAGCAGACGUGCCUGAAGAGACUACACAAGAGAGAAAAUCCCGCAGUCGUCUAUCAAUCAGGCCGCCAGGUAGAAGCGGAUCAGACGGUCUGCUUUCCUUCGAGUCCUCCACGUCCGAGUCAAACAACCUGGUCAACUCGCCAUACAAUGGCCCCGCACGCGGUUGGGAGUUCCAGAUUGAGAUUGUUCUCAAGGACUUCUAUGAGUCUAUUCGCAAACAGCGCCUGCCCCUCCACGGGGUUUCUGAUCUUGUUGUCCACCACCAGCCAUCCUCCAACAACCUCUCCGUCAGCAACAUGCUACGUCGCACCCCAAGCGUUCUGAGCAAAACACCCUCUGAUAACAUGAGCUACCGUGGCCGAUCCCAGCCCGACUUCCGCAGCGUAGGUAGCCGCUGGGCUACUAAGAAUCGAUCCAAGCAGCGCCUGUAUCCUUCUUCUACAGUUGCAUCCAGCCGAACAAGUCUAGACGAUGGAUCUGUCUUCAGUCCUGCUGGGUCAAGCACAUGGAGUCGCUAUUCAUAUGGCAAGACGGGAACGUCCAUGUCCAUGGAAUCACUUGGCUCGCACUUUGCUGCCGGUGAUUAUCAACAGGCCAUCGGGUUCGCCAAUGCCCUCAGUCAAGCCAUCAUUCGUGAGGAAGGGAUGACGAUCGCCAGUGACGAAGAGUUCAGUCGUGUCGCGCCGCUCUUGGAAGACGAAACUUUGGAGCUUGUUGGAGCACCCUGGGCAAAAGAAGGCAUUCUGAAGCACAAGCACCAUCUCGAGUCCGUGGACAAAAAGGCCAAGGACCGGGCGUGGACCGAGUGCUUUGCUGUUGUCGAGAAGGGCUACAUGCGCCUAUUCUCCUUCAGCAUGAACUCCAAAUCAGUGCGCCACAAAAGCAAACUUCGACCGUCUGCCGGCAGUGUCGUUGGUGGCGGUAACUGGAUGGACAACGCAGAGGCGCUCGGCAGUUUCCCGCUUCGACAGACGAUUGCCAGUGCGCUACCACCUCCUGGAUACUCGAAAUCAAGACCCCAUGUUUUCGCCUUGUCGCUUCCAACCGGUGCCGUUCAUCUCUUCCAAGUGGGAACGCCUGACAUUGUUCGCGAGUUUGUCUGUACUGCCAAUUAUUGGUCUGCUAGACUAUCCAAGGAGCCUUUGACCGGCGGUGUUAGCAGUAUGGAAUAUGGCUGGGGCGAGAACGUCAUCAACCCAGCCUUGAUCCGGCAAGACAGCGCGCCAUCAGUACAAGGCCAUAUGCCUCGUCCUAGCGUGACGAGUUCGCUCCGUAGUUCGAUGGACCAUGCAACCGGUACUCCAAAGGCUAGACUCCCGGGCGACAAGGUUGUCCUCUCCGAUUGGAGCCCCCCAACCUCAAGCAUGAUGGCGAGCAACUUGAUGGAGGUGGAUCAGCUAAGAGCCCUGACCGACUAUGUUAAGAAUAUUGAGGGAGAGCUGGCGCAUCACAAUGAACUAAGAGCGCCUCUGCUCAUCACAUUCUCUCCUCGCCAUCCGAACGCGGCAAAGGCCAUGGCCAAUUGGGAACGCAAGUCUCAAUACCUCCUCCGCGAGAUUGUCAAAUUCCGGACCUAUAUCGACACCCUCACCACAGCACAGAUCCAGCAACGGAAAAUCUAUGCUGAGCGCGAAGCUAGUGAAGAAAAAGUUGCAGAGGUUGAGAGUGCUGUGGCGCAGCGCGCAAAGCCUGCAGAAGAAGACGGUGCGAAAGAAGCCCCGAAAGCUUCCCAGCCCGUCGCGAACCCUCCUUCCACCCCCGCUUUCCUUUUACAUCCAUGAUGGUUGCGUCUUGCAUGCACUGACGAUUCUUCUUUUCUUCAUGUUCAGGUCUCACACCUCUUCGGCGUACGAUGCGGCGUUUACGGCUUCUCCAUUCCUCGAAGUCUUGUUUGAGACAGCGCCCUCAUUCGGUGGCUUGAGGCACUUUUACCCCUUGUAAUACCCAAAGCUUAUUUUUUGUUCUUUUUUCAGCGCACCGCAUGUCACGACAUGUCUCUUUUUUCUUACGAUGUCGACUCGAAGCGAUGACGCUUGUGGACGACUACGACUAGCAUUUCAGUUGCCGAGCGCGAUGGCUGAGCCACUUUACAUGUCCCGACAUCUCGAUUAUAUUCACGGUU